CAAAAUCGUGAUGAGAAACUCACACGUGGACUGUAAACUGAAGUUAAAGUCCUUGAAAAUGAAAAACAUAAAUUUUAGAUGCGAGGAAUAUAAAUAAAUAACAUGAACCCUAGAUCAUGAAAUUAUAGUGGUUGUUAGGUAAAUCCUCCGAUUUGUUUUGCAUCUUGUUUUCUGCUCUUUGGUGCGUGUAAACCCUCCCUACAUAUGAACUAUUGGAGGCAUAAACUAAACUCGAAAUUACAAGAUUGGGUUUUUCUUGUAAGUUUGUAAUUGGGUAUCAGUCGAUGUGUGUUUGUAUCGAUACCAAAAGAAAAAUUGAAACUUUUUGUGGCUUUGAAGAGAUCUAAGGCUAUUUGAGGAAUGACUCUGGGUUUAUUUCAUGUUGCCUCAUAUCGCCGGCCUCCCCCUCGGUCUUCUGGGACGGGUUGACCCAGAUAAUUAGUUUUACUGGUUUUGACGAGAUCUAAGGCUAUUUUGGAUGUUGUUUCAAAAAGGAUAUGGCCCUGGCUAUCUCUGGCUAUGAGUUUUGGUUGAGCUGUUACGGUAUUUGAGCGAUUGUGCAGCUAAACAUGAUUUCAAAUUGUGUUUUGUAUGCUUUUGUUUCCAGUGGAGUGCUAUUGUUGCAUAUAUAGCAAAUUGGAAGAAAAAAUCCCUACAGCUUCCCUAAAUCUGUUUGUCAGCAGGUAUGAGACCAGAAGCUGAGGAUGCUCCAGAGUUGAUGCAGAAUAUACAAUCACGGUUGCCAGUAAAAGAAGCGGCCCGCACGUGCGUGUUGUCCAAGUCAUGGCUACACGCUUGGUCUACCAUCCCUAUCCUCAGGUUCGAUGUUCGAAGAGGAAAGAGCAUGAAGUUGGUGGACGGGGACCGCACUCUGAUUAGGUAUCUCCGUGACAACAUACCAAUCGAAAGGUUUGAUCUUACGAUCGACAUCGAGAGCCAGGAGUCGGCUUCUCAUGCUGAAAAAUGGAUUGGGGCCAUCACAACCAAAAGUUGUCUUAGAGAGAUGUCCCUCUCAAUCGAUAUUGCUCUUUUGCGUACCUCGUUAACAUUACCAGAUGAGAUACUCUCAGGUGAGAACCUAACUAAGAUAAGAGUUUCAGCUUCGAAUGGAAUCCAUUAUGUUUGGAUGACGACUAGCUAUCAUCCUGUGAUCAAGUGUGUGUGCCUACGAGAACUGUACUUGAAUGGUGUGCGCAUAAGUGAAGAGGCACUCCAUGACAUAUUGUCGUCUUGUAGCUUGCUCGAGAAGAUAGAGCUUCUAGAUUCUUGCAAGGGGUUCAAGACCUUCAAGGUUAAAAACCUUCUUCGACUUUACGAAUUACGAAUAGAUUUAGAUGCUGUACACUCUACUGCUUUGGAAAUCAGUGAUGUCCCAAAUCUUAGCGUGUUUAGCUACGAUCUACAUGUUUGCAGACCACAGAUGCCUAUUAUUCCAUUCAACGCCCUUUCAAUAUCAUUAGGACGCAGCGUGACACGAUUAAUGUUAGGUGGCGUGAUAACAGACAACGCGUGUCUCGAAACGAUCAAAACGGAAUUUCCUUUUCUCGAGAGUUUGACGCUUGAUAUGACAUCAUGGAUGUUAGGAAGCUUCCAUUUCACAUGUGCUUCCAUCAAGAGAUUGUCCUUGCUGUCGUGCCGACACAUGCUUAUCGAUGUACAAGUUUAUGCUCCAAAAUUAUUUUUUUUUGAGUUUGGUGGCAACACAUUGCCUAGUCUCUUAUUUCCAGUCUCGUCUCUCAAGCAAAUCAAGGUUUCGCUCUCACUCAACCCUCUGAUUGAUGCUAAUUUUUUUCUUAAGAUGAGGGAAACACUCACGUUAUCACGCAUGUGCUACCUUAAUAUAAUAACUGACAACUCAAAGCUGCCAUUGGACAUUGAUAUCGAUGAUCUAAGAACAAGGCUCCUGUUUCCUCCUGCUAGGAACGUGCAAGAACUGGCGUUUCAAACGGUAGCGGAUGAAUGUCUGUGGGAACGAUCCCAAUUUUUUGAUGCAUUCUUUGAGAUUUGUCAUCCCAAGCAUGUAUUUGCAAGGCCAGACUCCCGGUUCAGACACAACAAUCACUUUUGCAGGCUCAUGCUGAGGGAGGUCUUGGAGAAGAAGACCAGAAUCGCGUAUUGGCCUCAUUACCUGAAACAUGUUCAAAUAAGACAAUAUCGUCAUCAGAAAUGGAAACCCCUAACAGUUUCCCACAGAAGCUUUUUAGACGGAUCGGCCCCUGGUGUCUACAUGUACUUCAAACUAAUGUGGCGUUAAUGAUCAUCUCUGGCUGGGUUCUGUUAUUUGUUUUAUUAUUAUUUCAUGUUUUCACUUUUUUUCUUAUCCUAUGUUUUACAAACAUGUAUUUGCUUAAAACGAUCCGACUCCGAGAGGUAGCUUCCACACAUGUUGCUUUUGUUACUAUUUGCUUUUACUAGUAAUUAAUUACAUGCUUACUUCAAUUCA